ACAGGGGGCUGAGUAAGUAGGUCUUUUCGAGAAAAAGUCAAUAUAAGGAGAACAAAACAUGUGCAAACAAAUAACAGGCGUAAGUUAAUGUUUCACCACAAGUUGUGCUGGGAAUCCAGGGAUGAAGCUCAAACAUCCGUAUAUAUCCUUGUGUGUGCAUAGUCCUGUGCACUGUAAAUUAAAACUUCUGUGAUGUAUGUAAUCUAUAUAAAUGAGGUUCUGUCAAGUUUUGUGGGGAUUUAUUUCAAGACGAAGUGAAAGAACGAAAGAUGUCAAAACUAAUAGAGGAAGUAGUUCAUUUGGGAUUGGCUGCGGAGAAAAAGAAUCAAAAUUUUACAAAGGAAAGCCUAUCAGCAGCUUUAGCGAUGGCUGACAUUGAGGACAAAAGUGGGACAACCAAUCUUACAAAUGGAACCGUUGGUUCAAACUUGCCCAUUGAGAGAGUAGAGGACGGCCAUUAUGCUUACAGGAGAGGUUCAACUACUGUACAUGUUCAGGCGUACGCUGCUUCAUCUGCUGGAGAUGUUAUCGGUCCAAAUAUAUUCACUGAAAGAAGAAAUGCUGCUUUGAAUCUUUGGUCAGGACUCCAAGCCAUGAUUGUGGUUAUUAUUACAUUAGUGAUCAAAAUCUCAGCAACCCUGGCAACAUCGAUCACCGAGCGCACAGAGAACGAGUACAUGCUCUCCCUUUAUGUUUCUGGCUUCCUGUGGUUCACGUACUACAUUCUUAAAGGAGUUUUCCGUCAAGCACAAAUCAAGUUUUCAAAAACUAACCGAAGCAGCAACCGAUGGCUGAAAGGUGUUCUUGUAUUGUUUGGCUUAGCAGUUGUUAUGAUGGAUGGUUUACAGUUCCUAUCUUAUCUUAUGGUCAACACAUCUAUUUGUAAAGAUGUUCAGAUCAAAAUAGCUGUUUCAUUCUUCCAUGCUUUGUUUAUUGUGGUCCAAGUGAAAUAUCUUUUCAAAUAUUCAAAGGUUUACAUUCAAAACUGCUCUUCUGGCUCACGCACUGGUUUGAUGUACAUUAUCGCCGUCAACCUGUCAUUCUGGAUCGCUGCCAUAAUUGAUGAAACUGUCGCGGCGUUGAAUAAAACAACCAACCCAGAACCUGUCGCCACCACCACUAUAGAACCUCACCAUUAUGCUGGAACGAACUCCAACGGUUCAAAAGCUGCUGACAGUCAUUCUGACCCGUGUGCAUGUCACACCACUUUCUGCACAACUGUUCACGCCGCUGAGAAAUUCCUUUUCCCCUUUGCUAUUGAGUUCAGCUUAGUGGCUUCGUCCCUACUGUACAUAACAUGGGCAAAUAUUGGAAAGCGGUCGCCGCCGUGCGAGGGAGUCGUAAAACCAAGUUACAAGUUCUAUGCCGCAUAUACGGGGGCUGCGGUCGGUGGAUUCGCACUAUUUGUAGCUGUCGUUAUUGUGAUAAUUCUUGGGACGACUUCUUCAAGUUUGAGCCCGGAGGAUCGAAGUUACUUCAGUGAGAUAUCAAACCUAGUUGUCUAUCAAUCGUUUUUGAUUGGUUUAGAAACGAGCAUGUUACUUGCGUGUUUCUAUGGGUUCUACUUAUUCCGUAUAAUCUGUCGACCGUUGGAAAAAUCUGAAUUCCUGGACCAAAUACUUCUCAUCAUAUGUCUCAUCGGGCCAAUGGUGUCCAACAUAUUUUCGUUGCUCGCUGUAAUAGCUGGGCCCGAUAAUAAAGUGACGUCAUGGGGCGUGACGUUGGCUGGCCCACUCGUUGAUAUUCUGCAGUGCAUUUUCCAGAUUGUAUUUCUUCUCUAUGGUUUACAACGUGAACCAAUAGUUUCAGUGUCUUCCAAAGAAAUUGCCGAAGAGUUAAAAAAGGGAAUCACCGACCAUUUAAAAGGAACCAACAACGACGACGGCGAUGGCUCCAGUAUUGUGUCCGGGUUCGAUAACAACGCUUACCUUAGAAGUAGGCGAGCUUCUAUCACCUCGGUUGUUUCAGCACUCGCCAACAACCAACCAAGAUAUCAAACCACUGAGCUAGCUAUGAACCAUAACACAACGUUAUCUGUUCAACCGCAGAACACAACAUGCAAAGAACCAGCAGCUGGCAGCGAGACAAUAGACACGCCACAGAUCGUGAUAACGUCAGACGGCGAUGAAGAAACUGAGAAACAAGAUGUUCAGAGUAAUGAAGACACGAUACCCGGUGAUCUGGAGCUUGAGGUGCCUGCUCCCAUUACUAAAGAAUCAAUUCUAAAAAUCGUGAAAGAGACGAGAGUCGCCCGACCAGAUAAACUGCGGUGUCGCCUCCGUGAUAUUGUAAUGUUUCUGUUGAUCACGAACGCUACUCUGUGGGUUUUCAUGUCACUUGAUGGAACCGCGUUUGUAAUGUAUCCAUAUCAAACGAUAUUUUUUGGUAGCAGUGCAUGGACAACAAUUAUAAUGGUAUGUCGUCCACUUAGUAUUUUCUAUCGCAUGCAUUCCGCUGGAUGCCUCUUCGAGAUUUGGUCCUUUGCCUAAAGGCUUCCAAUGGAAAUGACAUCCUGCAUCUAAGAUGUAGUAGGUUGGGGGGAGUUGGGACACAUUUGAACUCAAUUUUCUCAGCCAAUGUGGUAGUAAACAAGGAACUCCCAAAGAAUUAUAAAACUAUAUGCCCAAGACUCCCAUAGACCGUUGUUAACUGUUUAAAACACGAUCAAGAUAUUCGGAUAUUAUGCGCCGAAGGUGUCCCAUAUUCUCCCAUCCUACUAUACAACGUUUAAUUUAAACAUUUCGGUUUUACAUAAACCUCUUUAGUGAUCUUAUUUUUAACACAAAAUGUGUGAAGUGAAAAACGUGUCUUACUUAUGGAACAUUUACUUUAAA